AUGCAGGAGGAGCUCCAGCUGUCAGCCCCCAGCCGUUGGAGUCCCCCAGCCCAAGCCCAGAUGCGGAAGGACGCUAGGAAGCUCAAAGCCUCCAGGCUGUUCAUCUUCAGCACAGCCCCCCAAUGCCUGGUGCACCAGAUGAUCCUCUGUGCCUGGAAGGCUUUGCCAGCGUGCCCUCUCCUGGUCGCCUCUGCCCGGGCACGAGCCUGCGGGAGCCAGCUCCAGGUUCCCGCGCCCUCCCUCUGCCUCCUCCCCGCCACUGUCCGCGCGCCCGCCCGCCAGCCCGUUGUCCCCCGCCAGUCCGGCUGCGUGGAGGCGCGCCGGCAGCGCCGCGUCCUUAUCAGUGGGCCGGGCGGCUUAGCGCGCACAGUCACCUCCCCGAGGAGUAGCAGCCCCGGCCCGCCGCAGGUCGGGUGGCCCAGCCGUGGCUCCUCAGGGCCCGGCGGCCGGCCGGGGCCCAAGACCCUGCGGGGGGCGUUGAGCUCCAGAGCCGGCGGAACGUACAGACCCGCUGCCGUCGGGGCGCGGCCCGAGGAGCGCGCCGGCCACCAUGCGCCCCCGCCAGCUGUGGCUGCUGUUGCUGCUUCUCGCCUGUUCCGUGCACCCCGUGAAUCUGAAGGGCUGUUUGAGGAGAGGGCCUCCCUGGUUAAUCAUGUCCUGCAGUCCCAGACUUGUCGCCCAAGAGCCAGCCAACUGGGCUACGAGGAUUCCGGAGUUUUCCAGAGUCCUUUCCAGAAUCUCCACAUGUUCCGCCCCACCACUCCCUCAUUUUCAACAGAUGGGUUAGCCUCCAAUUUCCUGAGAGUCAGGACUACGUGGGUUGGAGCCUUCCCCAGGCUGUGUGAUGUGCUCCAGGUGCUGUGGGCGGAACGAGACCAGUGCCUGCAGGAUCUCUCCAGGGAGUGGACAGACGACCUGGGCGUGGAGCAGCCAACACCAGGGUGCGAAGGGCUGUGGGACAACAUGAGCUGCUGGCCCUCCGCCGAGCCGGGCUGGACCGUAGAAGUGGGAUGUCCGCGAUUCCUCCAGAUGCUCACGGGCAGAAACGGUUCCAUGUUUCGAAACUGUACCCGAGGGGGCUGGUCUGAGACCUUCCCCACACCUGACGUGGCCUGUGGGAUUGAUGUGAACAACUUGUCCAAUGAGAAGCGGCACGCAUACCUGCUGAAGCUGAAGGUCAUGUACACUGUGGGCUACAGCUCCUCCCUCGUGAUGCUCCUGGUCGCCCUCAGCAUCCUCUGUGCUUUCCGGAGGCUCCAUUGCACCCGCAACUACAUCCACAUGCACCUGUUCGUGUCCUUCAUCCUGCGUGCGCUCUCCAACUUCAUCAAGGACGCUGUGCUCUUCUCGGAUGACGCCGCCCACUGUGAUGCUCCCAGGGUGGGCUGCAAGCUGGUCAUGGUCUUCUUCCAGUACUGCAUCGUGGCCAACUACACCUGGCUGCUGGUGGAAGGCCUCUACCUCCACGCACUCCUGGUUAUCUCCUUCUUCUCUGAGAGGAAGUGCCUCCAGGGAUUUGUGGCCCUCGGAUGGGGUUCCCCAGCCAUCUUUGUUACUUCAUGGGCUAUCACCAGGCACUUUCUGGAAGACGUUGGGUGCUGGGACAUCAAUGCCAACGCGUCCAUCUGGUGGGUCAUCCGAGGGCCUGUGAUUGUCUCCAUCCUGAUUAAUUUCAUCCUUUUUAUAAACAUUCUGAGGAUCCUGAUGAAAAAGCUUAGAACCCAGGAAGCAAGAGGAAACGAAGGGCACCAUUACAAGCGGUUAGCCAAGUCCACCCUGCUGCUGAUCCCCCUCUUCGGGGUCCACUAUAUGGUCUUCGCCUUCUCCCCAGAGGAUGCCAUGGAGAUCCAGCUGUUCUUUGAACUGGCCCUCGGCUCCUUCCAGGGCCUGGUGGUGGCGGUCCUCUACUGCUUCCUUAACGGGGAGGUGCAGCUGGAGGUUCAGAAGAAGUGGCAGCAGUGGCACCUCCAUGAGCUCCCCAUGCGCCCCGUGGCCCUCAGCUCCUCCUUUGGCACCAAUGGCCUCACCCACGGCACGAAGGCCAGCCCCUCCGAGCAGAGCCGGGGCACCUGCAGGGCCAGCGUCAUCUGA